AUGAGUGACUUGGACUAUUUCUACGGCGAUGACGGAGGCACGGCGGGCUUCGAGAACGACCUGCCAGGGUCCGUUGAAGAGCCUUUGGGCAGCCAAGCUUCGGAGAAGCCUUACGUCGAGCACUUCAGGGAUGCUGCAAAGGUAUAUCAGCGCAGCCAGACCUUUCUAGAUAGGUUUAACAUGGAUCCCUAUGCAGUACAUCGCGAAGACAAUUUGUACUAUCCAUUUGCGUCCCGUCAGGAUUGGGAGCUCGGCAGUUUUCUCCUGUGCUCGUCAUUAAGUAUGGCAGCCAUAGACGAGUUCCUGGGGCUGGAACUAGUGAAAGCAUUGCCCCUCUCCUUUUGUACCGCCAAGGAGUUAUGCAGGCGUUCUGAGCUGCUGCCUUCUGUUCUGAAGUGGCAGUACCACGUCAUCUUGACGACUCACCCAACAAAGAAGCCUCUACAUCUUUACUGGCGUGAUCCGUUGGAUUGCAUCGAAUUGCUUUUUAGCCACCUGCUCUUUGCAAACAAAAUAGAUCUCACACCUCAACAUGUGUAUGAUACAGCGGAAUGUACAGUACAAAUUUACAGUGAAUGGGUGACGGGGGACACAGCAUGGUCAAUGCAGUCACAACUUCCAGAUGGUGCGACAUUGUUAGGCAUCAUACUUUCCUCCGAUAAAACCAACAUUACCAACAUGACUGGUGGACGUGUUGCUCACCCGCUCUUGAUCAGCCUUGCCAAUAUCAAGAUGGCAACUCGAAAUAAGGCAUCCUCACAUGCUUUCCUCCUGACAGCGCUGCUUCUAAUUGCGGAAUUUUGCAUCUGGUGA